AUGACGGUCAAGAUCAAGAAAGAACUCAACUCCAGCAUCUGCAGUGGUCUCAACAUGCCAAUACGAAUGGCUGAGGCUUCACAGGAUCGGCUCACCACCUACUGCUCCCCUGUCCCGGGACAGAAGGCCGCCACCCUCUCUCUACAACCACCACGUCAACCAGAAGGGAUCCUGAAACGCGCACCUUGCGACAUUGUUCUUGUGAUCGAUGUCUCCGCCAGCAUGAGCUCAGCUGCUCCACUCCCCGAUCUCGAUGGCAGUAACAGCGAAUCAGCCGGCUUGAGUAUUCUCGACCUUGUCAAACAUGCUGCUAGGACCAUCCUCGAGACACUCGAUAAAGGCGAUCGUCUCGCUUUGGUCACAUUCUCUAAAGAUGCCAAUGUCAUUCAUAAGCUCACUACGACGACCGGCCAUAAUAAGCGUCGACUGCAGAAGUGCAUUGAAGAUCUAGUUGACGAGGGCUGCACAAACCUCUGGGCAGGCAUCCGAGCUGGUCUCGAGGUAUUCGAAGAUGCCGGCCCGAGUGGUAACGUCCAAGGCAUGUAUGUGCUCACGGACGGACAGCCCAACCACAUGUGUCCCGCUCAAGGCUAUGUUCCCAAAAUGAAACCGCUUCUUGCCAAUCUGGCUGCUGUGAACGGGCACGUUCCAACCAUUCAUACAUUCGGCUUCGGCUAUGACAUUCGCUCAGGUCUGCUUCAAUCUAUCGCCGAGGUUGGGCUUGGGAGUUAUGCUUUCAUUCCUGAUGCUGGGAUGAUCGGAACUGUCUUCAUCCACGCAGUGGCCAACCUGUUUACGACUUUUGCUACCCAAACCGUUCUGGAAAUCAACAGCUCUUCUCCCGAGCAGGUCCGCUGUGCAACAGUCUUCAAUUCUUCCAUUCAGGGCAACAACACCACUGUGCUGAGGCUCGGAAAUCUUCACUACGGCCAGAGCAGAGACUUAGUUGUGCAACUUCCAGACGACGUAAACGCUAAUGAUGUGGUUCUCCGCUAUGUGGAUUCUCUAGGAGAUGAGCACGCUGCACCCAUCAAUUUCAUACAAGGACGCAAUGAAUUCGACCUCGACUAUCACAGUUACAGAUCUGAACUGUGUUUCAUCCUGGCCCAGUUCUUCCCACGAUUGAAGAAUGACGAACAUCAAGCUAUUGGGCAAGACAGAAAGGAGUUUACCACAGCUCGAGUUGCGCUCGAAGCCCUUACCGUCCGCAUGCGAGACUCCGCCUUGAUUUCAGCGGAUAUCCAGUCACUACUUGACGACAUCGACGGCGACGGAUCUGCAGGUCAAAUCUCGAAAGCGCUCUUGUCAGAAGCCAAAACUGAAUACUGGCAAAGAUGGGGCAAACACUAUUUGCCUAGUGUUCUUCAUGCUCAUGCCAGGCAGGUCUGCAACAGUUUCAAAGAUCCUGGUCCACUUCGCUACGGACACGCCAGUCCUUUGUUCAUCCACUGCCGAGAUCAGUUGGACAUUGCUUUCGACAAACUACCAGCUCCAAAGCCGAGUCGGCUUGACUAUACCCGUGGGCCGAUCGUGAACAAUAUCAGUAUGAGCAGAUAUCACAACAGUGAUAAUUCUUGCUUUGACGGCGACUGCAAGAUACGCCUAGCAGACGACUCCUAUGUGGCCGUAGCAAGUCUUCGGGCUGGCAUAGAGGUCUGGACUCCGAAUGGUGGACGUUCCGUGGUCGCAGUCCUGAAAUCCAUCCCCAGAGGUCAGAAAGGAUGGCUUGUGCGUGUUGGCGACUUAUGGGUCACUCCUUGGCAUCCGAUCUUCAUCGACGGCAAUUGGGUCUUUCCUUUACAAGUCGCCAACGGAAUGCAGCCGUGCACACGAGCGGUCUAUUCGGUCCUUCUAGAGCCUUCACACCAUGUCGACUCCCAUGCUGUCGAGGUUAGCGGCCAAAUCUGUGUGAGUCUCGGCCAUGGAAUCCUGCAGGAUCGCACAGGAAAAGACAUUCGUGCUCACAAGUUCUUUGGCAACCACAAGGCGAUCAACCGAAGCCUCAGUAGGUUGCCUCGAGAUAGUUGGGGGUGCUUCGUCGCCUCAGGCGUCCGACGCGACCCUCAUACGAGACUGAUCGUUGAUUUCAUGAGCCCAAAAGGCCGCCACAAGAUGACGAGGUUCCACAUGCGGUCGACCAAAAGAGCUCUGGCGAAUACUAUUCUGGACUAA